AUGGACGCGCAGCUCAAAGCAGCUGCCGCCAAGGGCUACAAGGUUUACAUUAUGGGCCAUCUUCCGCCCGUCGUCGCGUCCUUCACCAAGGAAGCCUUGUGGCAGCCUCGUCACGCCAUUCGAUAUUGGACCUUGGUUUCUCAGCACGGCCGUGUGAUAGCUGCUCAACUCUUCGGCCAACAGCAUCGUGAUGAGUUCCGCGUGCAGAUGGCCAAGUCGCUUGCCGGCUUACCCCCGCUGUAUAUGUUCGCCUCGUUGAGUCCGAUCGAACACACAAACCCUGCCUUCUAUCGCUUGGACGUCAACAGUGACUACUCGCUGCAGGAUGUUCACAGCUACUGGGCGAAUCUCUCGCAGGCAGACCCUCACUUUCGCCCGGGCUACUCUGCGCGGGACGACUAUGGCUUGGCCGCGCUGACGAACGCAAGGUAUGCCAUGCUGGCUCGAUCCUUUGCCAACGGCAACGAUCUGCUGUGGGACAAGUUCCUGGAGUCCUCCGUGGUCCAGAGUCUCGGUGGUGCCUGCGACGUCGAGCAGGGGCUCAACCCAACGGCCUGCGGCGAAUGCAACGGUUCCUGCCGCCAUCUUGCAGUCUGCACCCUCCUCUAUGGUGUUUCUGAGUCUAGCAUCGAGUCCUGUCUGAGUGACAGCCUCUGGAAGGUUGCCGCGAAGCCUUGGGUUUGGUAUGCGGACUUACGCGUUGUCGCCGUUUGUUUGGUGAUCUUCAUCGCUUUAUCUGUGUUUCAAUGGCGCCGCCGCGUCCAACAGCAAAGGUCCCGCUCCCUGCCACGGCGCAGUCGCACCCAGGAGGUCGAACUCCGCGACACCGGCACAGCAGCGUGA